AUGUUCUAUAACUUUUACAGUCCCAGCUGCUAAAACAUUUUUUCUGACUCAAAACAUGUUCAUAAUCAUUCACUUUGUUCACUUGCAAAACUCAAACCAUUUCCAUUCAUAUUAAAUGGCUCAGUGAACCACACGUAGCAGCCUCCCUCAUUAUAAGAGGAGUGACAACCUUAUAAUGAAUCCCAGAACUGAGAACAUGCCCUUGUGAAAAAGGUCCUUCAGUGAACAGAACUAUUCUUUCAAAGCAAAAAUCAAACACAGAGAAUAAUGCACUUAGAUUAAAUUAACAACAUAGAAACUACGUGCCCUCUGGGCAGUCCCAUGCGCACUUACAUAAAAGCAAAGGCACGCACUGAGUUUGUCCUACUUGUACCCCUUGCUUAGAUCAUUUUAACAAUACACAAGCACCAUGCAAGACACUUGCCCCCCACACAGAUUAAAUUGAUGGCAGACAAGCAGCACACACAGAGUACAUCACGCACACUGCGCUGGGAUUCAUGGCACGCCGGGACGUGCCCUACGCCGGGACACAGCGGUGGCACCGCAGCAGCAUGCACCGUGUGCCUCCCCCGCCGCGCUGCGUUCAGGACACGCGCAGGCGGGGAUGCGCCCCCUGCUGAGAGCCACGUGCGAAGCCUCCUGCCCGCCCCGGCGCUGGGAUGGAUCCGGGGAGCGGACCCCGCACGGCCGCGGGGCCUGGAGCCGGGGUGGGGCACCCAAGCCGGAGGAGGACAAAAACCACAGGGUCGCGCUAGCGGAACCAGCCCCGGGACCCCACCCUGCAGGCAGCCCAGCGGCCCCGCCCCCUAACACCCGCUUCCUCGCCGCGCGCCUUGGCCUUCCGCGCGGCGCGCGUCACUUCCGGGUGCGGGCGCGAGCGAGGAGAAGAUGGCGGCGCUGGGGGAGCCUGUGCGGCUGGAGAGAGACAUCUGCCGAGCUAUUGAGUUGCUGGAAAAAUUACAGAGGAGUGGAGAAGUACCACCACAAAAACUACAGGCUUUGCAAAGGGUCCUUCAAAGUGAGUUCUGUAAUGCUGUGAGAGAGGUAUAUGAGCACGUAUAUGAAACUGUGGACAUCAGCAGUAGCCCAGAAGUGAGAGCUAAUGCUACAGCAAAGGCCACAGUUGCUGCAUUUGCUGCCAGUGAAGGUCAUUCACAUCCUAGAGUUGUUGAACUGCCAAAAACAGAAGAAGGUCUUGGAUUCAACAUUAUGGGAGGCAAAGAGCAAAACUCUCCAAUCUAUAUCUCUCGAAUUAUCCCAGGCGGUAUAGCUGAUAGACAUGGGGGACUGAAACGUGGAGACCAGCUUCUUUCUGUAAACGGAGUGAGCGUUGAAGGAGAACACCACGAAAAGGCAGUAGAACUGCUGAAAGCAGCUCAAGGAAAGGUUAAGUUAGUUGUACGUUACACACCAAAGGUCCUGGAAGAGAUGGAGUCACGAUUUGAAAAAAUGAGAUCGGCAAAACGCAGGCAACAGAACUAAUACUGUACACUGUAAUUUAUGGAGAAAAUUAUAUUCAGUUUUACAAUUAACCGUUUGAUUUGUGACCUAACAACAUGAACUGCCCUAAACUAUAAAAGAUGCUAUCCUUUGGAGGAAAAAAAAAACCUGUUGGCAAUUUUAAAAAUGCCUUCCCUAUUAACAUCGCUUAGUUCUAAAAAACCCAAAUGCUUCUUGAAAAAAUAGUUUACACGAGCAUUUCUAUCCAGUUGUUCUUACAGAUCUUUUGCAAAUAAAAUCUUUAACUGUCAAGACAAAUGUAUAGACUUUUUUAAAAUGCAUUUUUAAUAAGAUGUACUUUACAUUUGUAACAUUCUUUUUUCUAAAGAUUUUCAUUUGGCAUUAUUUUAAAAUUGAUGAAAGUAGUCUUCAAAACAUUUUUGUGCUUAAUGAUUAAAAAAAUCAAAGACUUUUACCUAUGAAGUGUCAGAGAAUAACAGAGUUUUGGCACUUUUCUUCUUAAAAGCAUACUGUACAUCAGCUACAUAAAGCUAAUCAUGACUUAUUGUGUAAUUGGUAAUAAGUACUGGGUUUUGUAAUUUUUGAUGAGUGCAUUGUUUUUACAUAUGUGCUAGGUCAUAACUCACUAUGAUAAAUGUUAACUUGGAAAUUUUGUUACCUCUUCUGUAAAUAAUUUACAAUGAACAUUCACUUAUAAAUGAUUUUUUAAUAAUUGACAUCUAAAAAUCUGGAACAAUCAUUCCUAUAAUUUAUAUUAUUUUAUACUAAUUUUUGAGCAAUUAGAGAAAAGUUAUAUAUUGAUUGCUAUUCAUCUUGAUUGUAUCCAUGUCUAUUCAUAUUCAGAAAAAAGAACAGUAUAUUUAAUGCAAUGCUGAAAGAAUUUCAUAUGUAUUUCUCUGACUUUUCCACUUCUUGUUUUAAAAGGUAUUUGUCCUAACUGGGAUUUGAAUUUGUCCUAUUGCAAUCCUAUAAUUUAUAGAGAGGAGUCACACAGGAUUGGGAGUAGUUAAUACCUAAAUUAAUAAAGAUUUUCCCUUUUGUGAGACUAAACAGUGGUGUGGGAUAUCCUGGUUGACAGCUAUAGUGACCUGCAAAAGUUAACGAACCUCACAAAACUAUCUGUAAGAUUCCAAAAGAAGAAAAAUACGGAUAACAUUGUAUUUUAACAAAAUGUGAUUUAUUAGCUACUUCUAAUUUGGAGAAAUCUGAUUCUUCUGGUUUCUAGUCCAGAAUGAGCAGUACCAUAAUAUACCAUGAAUAGAGAAUGUGGUGUUACCUGCUUUGGGGUAGGAACGAGGAAAUCUGCAGAUCAGAUGCCUCCAGAUGUGAAGUGGCUAAUGACUCCCUCAGUUGUGGUGCAGUGUUAUUUUUAAGCACAGUUGAGACGAUUACAUUUUUGAACAGCUACAUACUUCUUGGAAUCUACCAAGUUCUGGAUUAUGCCCUUUUUUGUAAUGACGUCACCUCUUAGAAUACAUCUAGAGGUAGCUUGACAGUACACUGGGUGUCUGUUCAAUUGAAAGGCAGCUUUAAGUGCAUCCAGGGCUGGCUCCAGCAUUUCUACCGCCCAAAGCAAAAAAAAAAAAAAAACAAAAAAGCCGCAAUCGUGACUGGCGGCGGCAAUUGGGGAGAAAAAGAGAAAAAAAAAGCCGCGAUUGGCGGUGGCAGUUCGGCGGCAGGUCCUUCGCUCCUUGAGGGAGUGAGGGACCCGCCGCCCCUCUCCCUUGGCCGCUCCAAGCACCUGCUUGUUAAGCUGGUGCCUGGAGCCAGCCCUGAGUGCAUCCUACUGACUGUAAACAAGUUAGUCCUUAGAGGCUUAAACUGAAAAGUGCAGUUUGGAGUGUCUGGCUCAUCUCUAAUCUGUGUUCACAUGGAAUAACAUGAAGUCAGUUAUCAGAGGGGUAGCCGUGUUAGUCUGAAUCUGUAAAAAGCAACAGAGGGUCCUGUGGCACCUUUAAGACUAACAGAAGUAUUGGGAGCAUAAGCUUUCGUGGGUAAGAACCUCACUUCUUCAGAUGCAAGUGAGGUUCUUACCCACGUUGUAAACUUAAUUCCACUGUAUGAAAGAUGGUAAAAGGUUAAAAUUUUUAAAAACGAUGGCAUGAAGUUUAUGCUUAGCUGUCCCAGUGUAUAAGUAAUAACACUUGCAUGGUUGCUACAAGCAAGUUAGAAAUGUGAACCCUUUCUGGAUGUUUGUAAGCAUUAUAAGACUGUAAAGAUAGUAUUUUAAAGAUUUUUGAGAGUAGAGUCUGAAAUGGAAUAUGAAUAUUUAUCAAUUAGAUGAUAUUGAGCACUGAAUUACAUGGUUGAGUAUCGUUGGACUGUUUCAGAAGGCUACUUCUUACUGGUGGGACCAUGUUUUGAACUGUAUAUGUUUAUGGAAUGAUUAAUGUUUAAAAUAUUUAGACCAAAAUCAGUAGUUAGGCCAAUCAUGGAAAUGCUUUAAUUUAAUUGUAAAAUAGUAGAGAAUUGUUUUUAGAGCUUUAUAUAUAAAAGAGAAGUAUGAGUACAAGUAAAGACAGUAAUAUGUAUUAUAAAACUCAUAUACCUUGUGUUACUGGGUAAGGCAAUGUGUUUUGUUACCCUAAAGAAAUAUUUACUUUAGUGUAGCUAGAGCUGCUAUAGGUAAAUGCAUUAGCAUUUCCAUUAUAAAAUAUGGCUUUUGAAUUCAGUAAAUCAGCUGUUCCAAAACUCUUUGGGUUGAAGCUUGGCAUACAUGCUAUUGUAUGUGUGUGUUGGGGGUUGGGUUAAUUAAAAAAAACAAUUGAAAUUACCUGGUUUUUUGUUCUAAAAUUGCAAUUAUUACAUUAGCAGUCUGUCCUCUUGCAUAGUCUGAAAGCGCUCUAAUUUUUAAAGUAAGGAUGGGUUAAAAGUCACCAAGAAACUUACAUUCUUUACUACAACUGAGUAGGCGCAGGGUCUGCACUUUGUUAGUACACAGCCCCUACACUUGCAAUACUUGGGCACACUGUCAUGAGUUAAGGACAGAUAUAAUUUCUGUGGAUGAUGUUAUGCACCUGUUGCUGUUGAGAGGCCCUUGAUUUUAGGAACACAGAAAAUAAAGAGGUGGAAUUACA